AUGGAAAGGAGGGACUGGACCAGAGCUGCUUGGUGCGGAACUCCUGAACAGUUUGCCAGGGUACAAAUUCAGUCCCUUUCAAGUUACCGCAGCAGUGAGGAUCAAUUUGCUAUUCAGUCAAGAGGAUCCACGUCUAAGGAGAUCCUCGAUCCAGUUAUUAGGAGAUCUGGCAACAUCCCUUGGCCAGGAGACCAAUUUGGAGGCGUUCAAGGAUCGAGUGAGAUCCAAGGGAACCUCAUCACUUUACUCUUGCAUCUAUGCGCUCCAGACGUGUAUGUUGUCAAGGCCUGUAAAAGUACGAUCCAGAAGGUCGGCCCUUAUCUGGAUUGUCCGGAGGUGAACCGCAUGAUCCAGGAGUGUUUGGGCGACGAGACCGACUUGAUGUUCACGGAUUUUAUUAAGGAGUUAAUUAAACGCAUGGCCAAGGACAUGCAGGACCUGUUUCCAAUAUUCGUGAUGACGAAUGUGUCUUACCUGAAGAGCCAGUGGACCAGCAUAAGGGCCAAUGCCGCCCUUGUCACCGGUUUGUUCUACGCCGAACUACUACCCGAGAAUAAACCGAAAGUUUCACUGGAAACUGUCUGUGAUAAACUGAACAGACUGAUGCAAGACGAGUCAGAAGAAGUUAGGAUUAAGGCAAGUCAAGCUAUAUCGUGUUUGUUUUUAUAAGUAUUUAUUUUCAAUUUUUACAAAGGGGCACCUUGUACGUAAUAAUAAAAAGCUAAAAAAAUUGUAGUUUUUGAAAAAAAUCGAAAUUUCGGUUUUUUACCAUUAACAUGUACUUUAUUAUAUCGUAAAUUUUGCAUAACUUUUUUGGUAUUAAAGAUAGAACCUUUAUUUAAAAACUGUCAAGUACUCCUUGCAAAGGGGCACCUUGUACGUAAUAAUAAAAAACCAAAAAAAUUGUAUUUUUUGAAAAAAAUCGAAAUUUCGGUUUUUUACCAUUAACAUGUACUUUAUAAGAUCGUAAAUUUUGCAUAACUUUUUUGUUAUUAAAGAUAGAGCCUUCAUUUAAAAACUGUUAAGUACUCCUUGCAAAGGGGCACCUUGUACGUAAUAAUAAAAAACCAAAAAAAUUGUAGUUUUUAAAAAAAAAUCGAAAUUUCGGUUUUUUACCAUUAACAUGUACUUUAUAAGAUCGUAAAUUUUGCAUAACUUUUUUGUUAUUAAAGAUAGAGCCUUCAUUUAAAAACUCUCAAGUACUCUUUGCAAAGGGGCACCUUGUACGUAAUAAUAAAAAACCAAAAAAAAUGUAGUUUUUGAAAAAAAUUGAAAUUUCGGUUUAUUACCAUUAACAUGUACUUUAUUAUAUCGUAAAUUUUGCAUAACUUUUUUGGUAUUAAAGAUAGAGCUUUUAUUUAAAAACUGUCAAGUACUCCUUGCUAAGGGGCACCUUGUACGUAAUAAUAAAAAACCAAAAAAAUUGUAGUUUUUGAAAAAAAAUCGAAAUUUCGGUUUUUUACCAUUAACAUGUACUUUAUAAGAUCGUAAAUUUUGCAUAACUUUUUUGUUAUUAAAGAUAGAGCUUUCAUUUAAAAACUGUCAAGUACUCCUUGCAAAGGGGCACCUUGUACGUAAUAAUAAAAAACCAAAAAAAUUGUAGUUUUUGAAAAAAAUUGAAAUUUCGGUUUUUUACCAUUAACAUGUACUUUAUUAUAUCGUAAAUUUUGCAUAACUUUUUUGGUAUUAAAGAUAGAGCCUUCAUUUAAAAACUGUCAAGUGCUCCUUGCAAAGGGGCACCUUGUACUCAAUAAUAAAAAACCAAAAAAAUUGUAGUUUUUGAAAAAAAUCGAAAUUUCGGUUUUUUACCAUUAACAUGUACUUUAUAAGAUCGUAAAUAUUGCAUAACUUUUUUAUUAUUAAAGAUAGAGCUUUCAUUUAAAAACUGUCAAAUACUCCUUGCAAGGGGGCACCUUGUACGUAAUAAUAAAAAAUUAAAAAAAGUGUAGUUUUUGAAAAAAAUCGAAAUUUCGGUUUUUUACCAUUAACAUGUACUUUAUUAUAUCGUAAAUUUUGUAUAACUUUUUUGUUAUUAAAGAUAGAGCUUUCAUUUAAAAACUGUCAAGUACUCCUAGCAAAGGGGCACCUUGUCCGUAAUAAUAAAAAAUUAAAAAAAGUGUAGUUUUUGAAAAAAAUCGAAAUUUCGGUUUUUUACCAUUAACAUGUACUUUAUUAUAUCGUAAAUUUUGCAUAACUUUUUUGUUAUUAAAGAUAGAGCUUUCAUUUAAAAACUGUCAAGUACUCCUAGCAAAGGGGCACCUUGUUCGUAAUAAUAAAAAAUUAAAAAAAGUGUAGUUUUUGAAAAAAAUCGAAAUUUCGGUUUUUUACCAUUAACAUGUACUUUAUAAGAUCGUAAAUUUUGCAUAACUUUUUUAUUAUUAAAGAUAGAGCUUUCAUUUAAAAACUGUCAAAUACUCCUUGCAAGGGGGCACCUUGUACGUAAUAAUAAAAAACCAAAAAAAUUGUAGUUUUUGAAAAAAAUCGAAAUUUCGGUUUUUUACCAUUAACAUGUACUUUAUUAUAUCGUAAAUUUUGCAUAACUUUUUUGUUAUUAAAGAUAGAGCCUUCAUUUAAAAACUGUCAAGUACUCCUAGCAAAGGGGCACCUUGUCCGUAAUAAUAAAAAACUAAAAAAAUUGUAGUUUUUAAAAAAAAAUCGAAAUUUCGGUUUUUUACCAUUAACAUGUACUUUAUUAUAUCGUAAAUUUUGCAUAACUUUUUUGUUAUUAAAGAUAGAGCCUUCAUUUAAAAACUGUCAAGUACUCCUUGCAAAGGGGCACCUUGCACGUAAUAAUAAAAAACUAAAAAAAUUGUAGUUUUUAAAAAAAAAUCGAAAUUUCGGUUUUUUACCAUUAACAUGUACUUUAUUAUAUCGUAAAUUUUGCAUAACUUUUUUGUUAUUAAAGAUAGAGCUUUCAUUUAAAAACUGUCAAGUACUCUUUGCAAAGGGGCACCUUGCACGUAAUAAUAAAAAACCAAAAAAAUUGUAGUUUUUUAAAAAAAUCGAAAUUUCGGUUUUUUACAAUUAACAUGUACUUUAUUAUAUCGUAAAUUUUGCAUAACUUUUUUGUUAUUAAAGAUAGAGCUUUCAUUUAAAAACUGUCAAGUACUCCUUGCAAAGGGGCACCUUGCACGUAAUAAUAAAAAACCAAAAAAAUUGUAGUUUUUUAAAAAAAUCGAAAUUUCGGUUUUUUACCAUUAACAUGUACUUUAUUAUAUCGUAAAUUUUGCAUAACUUUUUUGUUAUUAAAGAUAGAGCUUUCAUUUAAAAACUGUCAAGUACUCUUUGCAAAGGGGCACCUUGCACGUAAUAAUAAAAAACCAAAAAAAUUGUAGUUUUUUAAAAAAAUCGAAAUUUCGGUUUUUUACAAUUAACAUGUACUUUAUUAUAUCGUAAAUUUUGCAUAACUUUUUUGUUAUUAAAGAUAGAGCUUUCAUUUAAAAACUGUCAAGUACUCCUUGCAAAGGGGCACCUUGCACGUAAUAAUAAAAAACCAAAAAAAUUGUAGUUUUUUAAAAAAAUCGAAAUUUCGGUUUUUUACCAUUAACAUGUACUUUAUUAUAUCGUAAAUUUUGCAUAACUUUUUUGUUAUUAAAGAUAGAGCUUUCAUUUAAAAACUGUCAAGUACUCUUUGCAAAGGGGCACCUUGCACGUAAUAAUAAAAAACCAAAAAAAUUGUAGUUUUUUAAAAAAAUCGAAAUUUCGGUUUUUUACAAUUAACAUGUACUUUAUUAUAUCGUAAAUUUUGCAUAACUUUUUUGUUAUUAAAGAUAGAGCUUUCAUUUAAAAACUGUCAAGUACUCCUUGCAAAGGGGCACCUUGCACGUAAUAAUAAAAAACCAAAAAAAUUGUAGUUUUUUAAAAAAAUCGAAAUUUCGGUUUUUUACAAUUAACAUGUACUUUAUUAUAUCGUAAAUUUUGCAUAACUUUUUUGUUAUUAAAGAUAGAGCUUUCAUUUAAAAACUGUCAAGUACUCCUUGCAAAGGGGCACCUUGUACUCAAUAAUAAAAAACCAAAAAAAUUGUAGUUUUUAAAAAAAAUCGAAAUUUCGGUUUUUUACCAUUAACAUGUACUUUAUUAUAUCGUAAAUUUUGCAUAACUUUUUUGGUAUUAAAGAUAGAGCCUUCAUUUAAAAACUGUCAAGUACUCCUUGCAAAGGGACACCUUGUACUCAAUAAUAAAAAACCAAAAAAAUUGUAGUUUUUAAAAAAAAUCGAAAUUUCUGUUUUUUACCACUAACAUGUACUUUAUUAUAUCGUAAAUUUUGCAUAACUUUUUUGUUAUUAAAGAUAGAGCUUUCAUUUAAAAACUGUCAAGUACUCCUUGCAAAGAGGCACCUUGCACGUUAUAAUAAAAAACUAAAAAAAUUGUAGUUUUUGAAAAAAAUCGAAAUUUCGGUUUUUUACUAUUAACAUGUACUUUAUUAAAUCGUAAAUUUUGCAUAACUUUUUUGUUAUUAAAGAUAGAGCUUUCAUUUAAAAACUGUCAAGUACUCCUUGCAAAGGGGCACCUUGUACGUAAUAAUAAAAAACCAAAAAAAUUGUAGUUUUUGAAAAAAAUCGAAAUUUCGGUUUUUUACCAUUAACAUGUACUUUAUAAGAUCGUAAAUUUUGCAUAACUUUUUUAUUAUUAAAGAUAGAGCUUUUAUUUAAAAACUGUCAAGUACUCCUUGCAAAGGGGCACCUUGUACGUAAUAAUACAAAACUAAAAAAAUUGUAGUUUUUGAAAAAAAUCGAAAUUUCGGUUUUUUACCAUUAACAUGUACUUUAUAAGAUCGUAAAUUUUGCAUAACUUUUUUGUUAUUAAAGAUAGAGCUUUUAUUUAAAAACUGUCAAGUACUCCUUGCAAAGGGGCACCUUGUACGUAAUAAUACAAAACUAAAAAAAUUGUAGUUUUUGAAAAAAAUCGAAAUUUCGGUUUUUUACCAUUAACAUGUACUUUAUUAUAUCGUAAAUUUUGCAUAACUUUUUUGUUAUUAAAGAUAGAGCUUUUAUUUAAAAACUGUCAAGUACUCCUUGCAAAGGGGCACCUUGUACGUAAUAAUAAAAAACUAAAAAAAUUGUAGUUUUUGAAAAAAAUUGAAAUUUCGGUUUUUUACCAUUAACAUGUACUUUAUAAGAUCGUAAAUUUUGCAUAACUUUUUUGUUAUUAAAGAUAGAGCUUUUAUUUAAAAACUGUCAAGUACUCCUUGCAAAGGGGCACCUUGUACGUAAUAAUACAAAACUAAAAAAAUUGUAGUUUUUGAAAAAAAUCGAAAUUUCGGUUUUUUACCAUUAACAUGUACUUUAUUAUAUCGUAAAUUUUGCAUAACUUUUUUGUUAUUAAAGAUAGAGCCUUCAUUUAAAAACUGUCAAGUACUCCUAGCAAAGGGGCACCUUAUACGUAAUAAUAAAAAACCAAAAAAAUUGUAGUUUUUGAAAAAAAUCGAAAUUUCGGUUUUUUACCAUUAACAUGUACUUUAUUAUAUCGUAAAUUUUGCAUAACUUUUUUGUUAAUAAAGAUAGAGCCUUCAUUUAAAAACUGUCAAGUACUCCUAGCAAAGGGGCACCUUAUACGUAAUAAUAAAAAACCAAAAAAAUUUUAGUUUUUGAAAAAAAUCGAAAUUUCGGUUUUUCACCAUUAACAUGUACUUUAUUAUAUCGUAAAUUUUGCAUAACUUUUUUAUUAUUAAAGAUAGAGCUUUUAUUUAAAAACUGUCAAGUACUCCUUGCAAAGGGGCACCUUGUACGUAAUAAUAAAAAACUAAAAAAAUUGUAGUUUUUGAAAAAAAUUGAAAUUUCGGUUUUUUACUAUUAACAUGUACUUUAUAAGAUCGUAAAUUUUGCAUAACUUUUUUGUUAUUAAAGAUAGAGCUUUUAUUUAAAAACUGUCAAGUACUCCUUGCAAAGGGGCACCUUGUACGUAAUAAUACAAAACUAAAAAAAUUGUAGUUUUUGAAAAAAAUCGAAAUUUCGGUUUUUUACCAUUAACAUGUACUUUAUUAUAUCGUAAAUUUUGCAUAACUUUUUUGUUAUUAAAGAUAGAGCCUUCAUUUAAAAACUGUCAAGUACUCCUAGCAAAGGGGCACCUUAUACGUAAUAAUAAAAAACCAAAAAAAUUGUAGUUUUUGAAAAAAAUCGAAAUUUCGGUUUUUUACCAUUAACAUGUACUUUAUUAUAUCGUAAAUUUUGCAUAACUUUUUUGUUAAUAAAGAUAGAGCCUUCAUUUAAAAACUGUCAAGUACUCCUAGCAAAGGGGCACCUUAUACGUAAUAAUAAAAAACCAAAAAAAUUUUAGUUUUUGAAAAAAAUCGAAAUUUCGGUUUUUCACCAUUAACAUGUACUUUAUUAUAUCGUAAAUUUUGCAUAACUUUUUUGUUAUUAAAGAUAGAGCCUUCAUUUAAAAACUGUCAAGUACUCCUAGCAAAGGGGCACCUUAUACGUAAUAAUAAAAAACUAAAAAAAUUGUAGUUUUUGAAAAAAAUCGAAAUUUCGGUUUUUUACCAUUAACAUGUACUUUAUUAUAUCGUAAAUUUUGCAUAACUUUUUUGUUAUUAAAGAUAGAGCCUUCAUUUAAAAACUGUCAAGUACUCCUUGCAAAGGGGCACCUUGCACGUAAUAAUAAAAAACUAAAAAAAUUGUAGUUUUUGAAAAAAAUCGAAAUUUCGGUUUUUUACCAUUAACAUGUACUUUAUUAUAUCGUAAAUUUUGCAUAACUUUUUUGUUAAUAAAGAUAGAGCCUUCAUUUAAAAACUGUCAAGUACUCCUAGCAAAGGGGCACCUUAUACGUAAUAAUAAAAAACCAAAAAAAUUUUAGUUUUUGAAAAAAAUCGAAAUUUCGGUUUUUCACCAUUAACAUGUACUUUAUUAUAUCGUAAAUUUUGCAUAACUUUUUUGUUAUUAAAGAUAGAGCCUUCAUUUAAAAACUGUCAAGUACUCCUAGCAAAGGGGCACCUUAUACGUAAUAAUAAAAAACUAAAAAAAUUGUAGUUUUUGAAAAAAAUCGAAAUUUCGGUUUUUUACCAUUAACAUGUACUUUAUUAUAUCGUAAAUUUUGCAUAACUUUUUUGUUAUUAAAGAUAGAGCCUUCAUUUAAAAACUGUCAAGUACUCCUUGCAAAGGGGCACCUUGCACGUAAUAAUAAAAAACCAAAAAAAUUGUAGUUUUUGAAAAAAAUCGAAAUCUCGGUUUUUUACCACUAACAUGUACUUUAUUAUAUCGUAAAUUUUGCAUAACUUUUUUGUUAUUAAAGAUAGAGCCUUCAUUUAAAAACUGUUAAGUACUCCUUGCAAAGGGCCACUUGUACGUAAUAAUAAAAAACUAAAAAAAAUGUAGUUUUUGAAAAAAAUCAAAAUUUCUGUUUUUUACCACUAACAUGUACUUUAUAAAUUAUUUUAUUAUUAUUUAAAUUAUUAUUAUAAAUUAAAUGAAAUUAAAUUAUUUUUAUUAUUUGGAGGAAUCAGUACACCCUGAUUCCCUGCCACAUUUAUUUACAGUAAUUUUAUAAAUAGAAAAAUUAUGUACGAACAAAAAAAAUAUAUAUAUUAUUACACUGUAUCUAUCUUAAAUUAACGCCUAGGUGUUCAUAACACACCUGUGUGCGCUGUUGUUUCAAAAAAAACAACCCAAAACAGACAGACAAGACAAACAGACAAACAGACCCAACACUUAUAUAUUUAAGGUGAAAUAAAAAUCCUGCAGUCUCCCUCCACUUAUUUAUUAUUAAACAUUCAGUUAAUCAAAACUCCCGACAUGUUUCAAAAAAGUUGGUUCUAUUUUCCGAAUUAUAAUAAACUUGCUUAACUAACCUUAAAACUAUUGUGAUAAAUCCUGCUCUCGAUUUUAUAUUUUUUGUCCUAGUUUUAAAUGAAAUAUUUUUGUCCUUUUAGUCCUAAACACCUACGUCUCUCAACAAUUGCAUAACACUUGUUAUUACAUAUUAUAUACAAGUAUAAAAACUAACUAUCCUACAUUAGAAAACCGUGGCAAAAUCUUGGUAAUGGUUAUGAACAUACUUAUUGCAUUCCUUGCUAAAUUUUGAUUUAUUUUUUAAUUUUUUAAAUUGCUAGGAAUGUAUAAAUCACCUCUAGCCCUUGAUCUUGUAUUAUGGAUAUGAUUUAUAUGGUUUCUUAUGUGAGUUUUAAAAUGAAUAUAUGUACAUAUUGUUGUAAUGUAUAAUUUCCUUAUAUUAGUUGCUAAUAAAAAACUAAAAAAAUUGUAGUUUUUGAGAAAAAUCGAAAUUUCGAUUUUUUACGAUUAACAUGUACUUUAUAAGAUUGAACAUUUUGCAUAACUUUUUUAUUAGUACAUGUUCCCUAGGUACUAUUAUGAGCUAGACAAGGAUAUUAUUAUUAAAUUAAGUAUACUUACCCCAUAUACUUUUGUAAGGAGAAAGAGGGGAUAAAUAAAAUUUUCCUUUGUGAUAUUUAAUAAGUACCAUUUAUUGUAUUCAAUAGACUGUUAGGAAUAAAACGCUUUGAAUCUUUAUAGU